AUGAGGGUGGCAACGGAGGAGAGCAUGGCGACGAAGGCCGAGAAGGGGAACUUCUGCCAUGGAUUGCUCGGCAAACACGGCGAUUGCAGCAUCGCGAAGGAGUCCGGCAGAACGUGCAUGAAGCCCGUGGAGAGGAUGACCCCCGAAGCGAAGGCCUUCACCACGAAGAAGAGGUUCCUGUCCGGGGAUAGUGCCGGCACCGACCGGGAGAAGAGCGGCAAGCAGAUGCCGAUCAUGCUGGCGACGAGAAUGGUGGCGAUGGCGAUGACCUUCAGCUUCAGGGCCUUAGGCCGGUCGUAG